AUGGAGCUCCCUGCGCUGGCCGGCACGGCCUUCGCGGUUGUCGUCAUCGGCUGUUAUUUGCUCGAGUCCUUUUUCUUCCUCUCCAAAAAUCCGCAAGAGCCAGAGUACAUCAGACCUCGCAUACCAUUAAUUGGUCAUCUUCUUGGUCUGAACAAGUACGGCUCUGGCAACUACUUUACCAAGGUUGGGGCCGACGCCAAGUUAAAGAUCUUUUCUGCACCCAUCUUCUCCUUCAAAUUCUACAUUAUCGCAGAACGCAAAUUCAUCUCGUCGAUCCAGCGCAAUGCUAGGACAAUCUCUUUUGCGCCCUUUGCAGCCAAGGCGGCUCACAACUUUAGCGGUGCCGAUGAUAAGGCCACCAACUUGCAAGAUCACCUAGGAGGUGGCCCCGAGGCCAAGGAAUUCGAUAGAGUCCAGCGCACGACGCUGGCAGCUGGUCCCGAGCUCGAUGAUAUGAGCCUCGUUGCAACCCAGGUGAAACUCGAAAUUGUUGACAAAUUAGCCGCAAAUGCCCUCGAAUCACCCGAAACAGGUGUUCCGAUCGAUCUAUUCGCCUGGGUGAAGCAUACCGUUGGGCUAUCAGCUACGGAAGGGAUGUUCGGCCCUCUGAACCCCUUCAAGAAUCCUGAUCAUGAGGCUGACUUUUGGACCUUCGCUGAUAAGGCACACUUGCUUCUUCCGGGAGGUAUCAUUGCAGAGCUGUUCGCGAAAAAGGCAAUGCAAGCUCGGGAACGUAACGGUCUACGGUACGAAGAAUAUGUUCGCCUUGGGGGCACAGAGACAGCCUCAGGCCUUCUAAAGGGUCGAUCACGGAUUAUGGCCGAAAACGGAGUAUCGCCGCGCGAUAUUGGGCGUAUCAAUAUUGGCUUUGACAUUGCUAUGCUGGCCAACUACGUCCCAACAACGUGGUGGUCCGUCUUUGAGGUCUUCUCUCGCCCGUGGCUUGUCGAUGCGAUCCGCGACGAAGUACGCAAGGCAGUCAAGAAGGACGAAAAUGGCGAGUUCAGCUUGGACAUCUCCGUAAUCAAGUCGGCAUGUCCGCUACUACUGUCCUCGAUUCAGGAGGCGCAGCGCCUGCACACCAUCCACGCACACAUCCGAGAGGUUCUUCGCGACACGACAAUCACUGUAGACGAUAAGACUCAGCUCCUCAAAAGCGGCAACUAUGUCCAGAUCAACGGCAUUCCAAUCCUCCGCAACGAGGAAACGUGGGGUCCAGACGCUACCUCCUUUGAUGCCUACCGGUUCAUAAAGAUGAAGAAGAAGCCUGAUGCGCCGGGCGUAGCCUCUCCAGGGGACUUGGCACCUCACUCCUUUCCCAUUUGGGGCGUGGCACCUCACGUCUGUCCUGCACGGUGGUUUGCGACUACUGGUACUAUGACGCUGAUUGCGUUGAUGACUUUGAAACUCGACUUUGAAAUUGCGCCAGAUUUCAAGGGCGAAGGCCCAUCUGGAAGGGAGUGGAGAAUGCCCAAGGUUGAAGGUCUCUUUGUAGCGUUGCAUUCUCCUGCUGAGCCGAUUCCUAUCACGGUACGGUCGAGGAAAGAGUUCGAAGGCAAGUGGAGAGUUGAGAAUGGCACGCCAGGGACAAGGUUGCAGUUAUCCGUAGGCUAA